GCGGGGGUGCUGCUGGUGGGGGAGCGAUGAGCUUGGCUGCUGGAAAUUGUACCGCGUGUCCUCAUUCCUGUGCUUGUUGUCAUGUUGGCCUCAUCGGCAAUGUCGAUGGUGCUAUUGGAGGGUUGGUUGGGGGUGGAGGGUUGGUUGGGGGACCGGUGGUGGGAGGGAUAGUCGGGGGAAAUGGACCAGCUUCAAUCAGCAGCGGAGGGAGCUUGAAAGGGGGACUGUCGCGAUCCCGACGGACACGUUGGUCGCUUUACUUGUCUCGCUUCUUCUCCUCCAGCACGACUCCCCUUCCGGCCUGGUUGGUAUCUUCUCUGACACCCCCUCCCCCUGCUUCCGCCUCUUCCACCUCCUCCUGCUCGUCCUCUUGCUCUUCCUCCUCCUCCUCCUCAUGUUUUAUGGCAUUACCACCACCCACCACCUCCACCUCCUCUUCCUCCUCCUCCGCCUCCUCCUCCUAUUCUCACAUCCCGUCCCGUUGCAUCGUCGGGACCAAAUCCUACGGGUUCUUGUCUCAGACAGGUCGAGUUAUGUGUCCGUGCUGCUGCAGUGGUUCGUUCCACACCGGGUCGGGGUCGGGAUUGGGAGGAGUGGGAGGAGGAUCGCGAUCGGACUUGUCGGGACUGGAGGGAGCAUCGUCAGGAGCAGGAGGGGGAUGCGCGUUUCCCUUAUCAUUGCCAUGUUUUGAGAAGAGGAAGUGUCGCCGAACAUUCUCUUUGUUCAUCAUGCUCCUGGUGACCUGUGCACUUCUCGGAUCUGUCUCGCUAUCUGCCAAGCAGCUGAUCUUCAUGAAGUUGGCAGACAAACAUUCAGAGCAGCUGCAAGGCGUAGGCGUAAUUGGUACCUGGAAGGAUUCGCAGCAUCAGCUGGACAACUUAGGCGUAAUGGGGACAUGGAAGAGCGCGCAUCAUCACAACUCCAAUGUGUCAACAGUCGAAUUUCACACUGCGAAAUCUGUCGGAGGUUUCAAUUUUGCGGGUAAUGCCAGCGUUCAAACCGGGACGCCCUUUUAUCAAUGCAUCCAAGGCAAACAUUCCGGGCGAAAAGGUGGUCAGCGCAAUCCAGCAAACACCGAGGGCUACAUUCUGGUCAGGACAAAUGGCGGCCUGAAUCAGAUGCGUGCAGCGAUUUGUGAUGUCGUCGCGAUUGCUAAGCAUAUCAAUGCCACUCUGGUUGUGCCUGAGCUGGACAAGACCUCAUUUUGGGCGGACUCGAGUGACUUUGAGAAUCUGUUUGACGUUGACCAUUUCAUCGAGUCGCUGAAAGGUGAAUUGCACAUAAUAAGAGAACUACCAGCUCAUAUGAAGUCAUGGCCGAUAUUCUCACUUGAUCCAGUGAGUUGGUCUGCAUCCGGGUACUAUACGCGAGUUGUACGGCCACUUUUGAGAAAGCACAAGGUUCUUCGCUUGAAAAAGGCGGACUCGAGGCUCGCGAACAACGCGCCGCAGGUGUCGCAGGAGAUCCAGAAGUUGCGCUGCAGGGUGAAUUUCAACGCAUUGCAGUUUGUCAAACCGAUCCGGGAUCUGGCAAAUGCAAUUGUGCAGAAGCUGAGAGCGAAUGGACCGUUCGUUGCUGUUCAUCUUCGGUAUGAGAUGGAUAUGCUGGCAUUUACUGGAUGUUCACAUGGCUGCUCCGGCCCAGAGAAGAAAGUGCUCAAGAGGAUGAGCUUAGGAUUUUCACGUAAUCCCGCGGAUAAUUCCGACGCCAAGAAAAGUGAUACUCCUGCCCUGGACCAGUUUACGAAGUUACCGCGCCUUGAGUACAGGAUACGAAAGACACGACAGCACACGGAAAGAGGUGCUUCUGAAAGAGCUCCUUCCAUCUCAGGAGUAUGGAUUGCUGAUGAAUCACUCUUCGCAACUGGCAGCGAUCGACUUCCUGGUCUCUGUAGAAAGCAAUGUUUUCUUAUCUACUUUCGACGGCAACAUGGCGAGGCUUGUGGAAGGCCAUCGCAGUCUCUAUCUCUGACAAGAAGUGCAGCAUCCCCACCACGACACAGACGGCAAUACACUUACGAAAUCGCAGCUGCCCCGACACCACCUGCAACGAUGGAGGAGGACAGGAGAGCAAGGUCCAAUGGUGCUCUUGGGAGAGGCAGUCUACGGAGGCCAUUGGUGGCGGCAUCAGACGGGACGAAUAACCCGACGAGGGCAGAGUCCGAGUACAUUGGCGAUGGUGACGUUUACAGGGGUCAUGCGCAAAUGGAACAUCACCACAGGUACUUCCGCGAAGGGGAAUCGGAGAUGGACCCUCGGCCGGCAACGUGGACGGAGGAUCAUCGGCGGCAUCUCUUGAAUCCGGAAGAGUUUUUGGACCUGGUGGAGGAGAAGAUAAGAGGUUGCAUGUGCUGCAUGGCUGUCAUUACAGCUUGUAUCGUGAGCUCCAUUCCAAGGAAUGGAGCAGAAAUCUGUCCGCGAAUGGCGGGACUAACGGAGGUUGCGCUCUUGGACUUUGCCGUAGAGUAAAAUGUGUGAGAGAGUGCUUUGCUCCACCUGCCUGCCCAACUAAGCAAAGAACGGGGACAGCUUUGGCCUUCGUGCCCCCAACUGAUAAAAUGGCCUGUGCUUCUGCUGCCCAGUACAGCUUCAGGAGUUGGCUUCCUUCUUCCAACUUGAAGGUCACAGGUUCAAAUCCUGCCCUUGCUUCUGAUAAAAUGAGAGGCUGUAGUCAAUGCGAAGUGGGAGAAUAGAGUGGCCUGCGACGUGCAGUGGUGAUGUAAAAAGGCACUGUGGGCUGAGCCCUUCUUCCUGUUGAGCUCUCUUCCUGGAUCCAAGUUGAAGGUCACAGGUUCAAAUCCUGCUUGUGUUUCUGUUAAACCACAAGUAAACUGCCCCAGCCUUG